UAGAUUCAACAAAAAAUAAAAAUACAGAUCUAAAGCCGUUUAUUAAUACACAACCAAUUUCUUAAUCUCUCUAUCUCUCUCAACAUAUAUAUAGGGAGAGUUCAAUGCAUUCUGCCAUAAAUUAUUCAACUGUUUCAGAGACCUGGCAAAGCUAACUUCAUUAGUACUUCGCCAAGGUAUCUUCAUCUUCCCAUUUUCCUCUAACUGUACUUCUUCUUCUUCUUCUUCUUCUUCUUCUUCUUCUUCUUCUUCUUCUUCUUCUUCUUCUUCUUCUUCUUCUUCUUCUUCUUCUUCUUCUUCUUCUCCUCCUCCUCCUCCUUCUUCUUGGGUUUAUAGAUCUCUCAACCUAACUCCGAUUGUAAUACCCCUAGAAGAACCAAAAUGUUUAGUCGUACGAGUUCUCGUCGACAUGAUCUACCAAAGAAAUCACUACAUAUUAUCAAAGAAGAUGAUAAGUUUUUCUCAAGACUUUUAUCAAAAGAAAAUAACUCCAUGGCAAAUACUGCGAAUAACUCAUUCAGGGUUUACUAUGGAGUUGCUUCUGGUGCUGUUCCGUUUAUGUGGGAAUCUCAACCCGGUACACCUAAACAUCCAUUAUCCGACACUUCUCUUCCACCUCUUACACCUCCUCCUUCUUACUACCUAAAUGCCAAGAAGAAAAAUAAAUCCAUGACGGACAAGAAAACUUCAAAACCAAAUCUUUUCUUGGACACCAUCUUUCUUAAACGCAGUUUAAGAAAAAGUCAUAUUUCGCCAUCACUUUCAUCAGCAUCUUCGUCAUCGGUUUCUUCAUUCUCUUCGUCGGUUGCAACAUCGACAUCUUCUGCUCCACAGACACCCUUGUCUUCGCAUUUUCAUAAGCGUAAUACACGGUUUUCGAGCCCAAGAUCUUCUUUUGAUUCGAGAGGAGAUGAUACUAUCGAAGGUUCUUCAGGAUUCGGAUCUCCUACUUCUAUACUGCACUUUCGUGAUAAUACUAGUCCAACUGGUUGUGUUUCAUUGGUGGUAGUGAAGAAAGCUUUGUUAUCAAUCGUUGGUCAUCACGGAUCUAGCCAUGGUAACACUACUACUACUACAGCUUAAUCAAAAUGAUGAUUUGAGUGAGUGUUUUAUGUUUAUAUUAUUAAUGUUUGAAUACUCUUUUAUUGAGCAAGAUCAGUUCAUGAAAGAGUACUAAAAGUUAGCCCCAGUUCGUUAUCAAUAUGGGUUUGUAAAAUGCUAUGGUAGUAGGUACUUAACUACCAAAAAAAAAUAACUUGGUUAAUUAAAAAAUGUAUUGUAUUAUGAUCUUAUUAAGUAGGAUAGUAUCCGCCAUGAAUGAAAAACACUUGGUUUUUGUUGUUUCA